AAAGAGAGCGAAUAAAACUCGCUCGAGCACUUGUUCGGCACACAAUUGCAAGUGUGAAACAUCCCGCAGCCGCGUGCAGGAUUCUCCACGCGCAUUUUACCAGAUACGAUCUUACGAGCAGCAUCAACAAAAGAGAAUAUUAGUUUUACAAUCAAGGAGCCUCGUUGCCUCCCGAGUUUCUCCAACGCUACGGGAGGACACGCUUCUCUUUCCCGCAUUUAAACUCCUAGCACCCGACUGCCUGCAUCAUUCUGCUCCGACCGCAGAGAUCCAUCAGCGCGCGAACAGCGCUGGUCUCGUGUCGGACUAUAGGAUUUGGGUUGACGCCAUGGGGACAAAGGGAGGGGGUCUUCGCCAUGGAUUCUGACUUUUAAAAAACUUAAUAUAAACCUAUAGAUUGCGAAACCCCUAUAGAAGUAAUUGAGCGAGCUGCGCUUUAGGUCGCAUCUCUUCCUGCCCUUCUUCGCCGAACGGGAUGGUUCCAGCGCAGCGUCGCGUGGGGUGAGAAGAUCUUGCAAGACUGGGAAGAAAAGCGAGAGAUCGAGGGAUUAUGGCACUCUACGCGCUCUGUCUUUUUAUUCUAACGCUCACCUGCACGAACUUUGACCUGGUGAUUGCAGCCAGGCACGCGGUACACUGGAACAGUUCAAACAUACUACUUCGUAAGGAGGGCUACACAGUGCAGGUGAAUGUCAAUGACUACCUGGAUAUCUACUGUCCUCACUACAACAGCAGUCAGAGAGGCGUUGCCGAGCAGUACGUGCUCUACAUGGUCAGUUAUCGUGGUUACCGUACAUGCGACCCACAGCUGGGCUUCAAACGCUGGGAGUGUAACCGUCCCCACGCCCCACACGCACCAAUCAAAUUCUCAGAAAAGUUCCAGCGCUACAGCGCCUUCUCGCUCGGCUACGAGUUCCAUGUUGGGCAGGAGUAUUAUUAUAUCUCCACACCCACUCAUCACCACGGCCGGAGCUGCCUGAGAUUAAGAGUGCAUGUCUGCUGCUCAACAGCCUCUGAUUCAGAUGAUGAGCCCCAACCCACAGAGCCAGACUACACUCUAAGACCUAACAUCAAAAUCGAUGACCUCGAUGACUAUGAUAAUCCAGAGGUCCCCAAAUUGGAGAAGAGCAUCAGCGGUAGCAGUCCAUCCAGAGAUCGCCUUCUCCUAACCGUGGCAUCACUUUUCCUUAUCGCCCUUUCAGUCUCCUAGCAUCCACCUCCUAACCGUCGCCAUACCAACGAGGCCUUGGGGGGGACUAGGAAAGAAACUGGAAAUGGAACACUUGAUGCUGCAGCAGCUUACGGAGUGUCAAGCACCAGCCCACAAUUCAACAGUGGUUUUCAUGUCUUACAACAGCGACACACUUUGCGUGUCACGCAGACAAUACGAAUACACUAUAAUGAGAACUGUGCCAUUUCAGUUACAGUAGUGCGGAUUGUUUGUGUGUGUGUGUGUGUGUGUGUGUUUAUGCAUUUGUGUGGCGCCUUCGGUGCUUGGGGGCGGAGCGGAUCUUUACUUCGGUCUGAAGGUUUGAUGGCUCCAUUAUCUGUGAAUUGGCAGGUUAAAAGUUUAAAAGCGUCUCAGAUUCUGUUUGAUGAGAACUGAAAUGAAACCGUCGAGGAGUUCAGGUUACUCGAACCCAGAAAAAAACAAAACAAACAGAAGCACCGUUUAAUCCAAUUCCAAAAGUAUUUGUUUCUCUUUGUGUGUUUCUGUUGCCAGAGAGAUGUACAAACCGCUGGAUGAUCAUGUAAUUGCCGUCAGGGAUGAAGAGCAAUAUUCAUUUGAUGAGUUUAAACAAGUCUAUAAUAGAAAAUGAUCUCACAGACUUGAAAUCAACUAAUUUUGGACUUUUCUAUUGACAAUACGACAAUUUAUAAAGCAUUAAAUUCCAAUUACAUCUGAUUCUUAUUUGGACUUAUUGUGGUCGCACAUGAAAACAGGGGCCGAUAUGGUUGUUCUGUGAUGCAGAAAAUUGAGACAGAAGUGAUUUUGCAUGAGCGCCAGCACAAACGCAUUAAACACAUUUACAGAAUUUACAGACAAACAGAAGCCAAAUAGCUUUUUUGUUGUUGUUUUCUUUCCUUCUGCCUUUUGAUAAAAGGUGCUUGAGUGAGUGAGCAAGUGCAAGCGUAUGUGUUUGAGUGCAUUAGCUCAGUGAUGCUGGAAAAAUCUCCUCUAGACUUUAUGGACUUCAACCGGAGGUGGACACCUACACAGACACUGUACAUAAAUCACAUGCAUUUAUUUAUGUGUGGACAUUGUGGACGACCUCCGCUCAUUUGUUCGGACCAUGCUGAUUCCCGCUGGAUUUGGAAGAACUCCAAACCAGCUUUGGCAGGUUCAUUCCAGUUUGAACCAGUUCCACUUAUCGCUGCUUGCUACUUGACAUUUUUCAGUGGUGAUCAGCAAGACCAAACGGAAAUUGAGGGGUCUGGUGGUUAUAAUCCGUUUCUACGGCAACAGUUAUUCAUCUAUACACACACCUAAAGGCACUAGAGUCCAGCAGGAAAUCAGAACAACACACAAAAAGAAAUAACAGCUAUUACUGGCGACACUUUUGCCAAGAGUAAUACAAGCAAACAAAUGCUUCGGGGCAUGUAGUUAUUGCAUUCUUGCGAGCUUUUCAAGGGAUAAACGGCAGUGUAUGCAUCAAUCAUUUUACAAGGUUCAAAAUUAAGAUUCUAACUCUUUUAGACUAGCACCUUAUCACGAUGGCAAUGACAUCAUAUCACGGCUCAUGAUGAUGAUAGCAGCAACCAGCGCCGCUUUUCGCCCUAGAGACAAGCAAAUACUGCUUAAACUAGUAAUGGCAUGUGGUUUAGGAGAAAUGAUGUGUGGUAGAAGUUUUCUAACGUAGAGUCAUAAUGGACACCUUAUCUCACACCUACAGGCUGUCUUUAACAUAUUGAUUAAGCUGUUUAUUGCAUCAUUCCGCUUUUGCUCUGAAAAAUCAUUUCAAUUUAUGUGGAACAUUACGUCUGCUUUAUAUUCCAUUACUAUGGCUGCUGUGGUUUCACUGAUCUAGAGCAACUUCAGAACAAAUGAACACUAAUUUGAAUGCUCAGAAUGAUACUUUACAGACUUGAAUCUACAUUUAAUUUGUUUCAUGUUGUCAUAAGGCGUUGGGUUCAGAAUAAGUAGGUUUUUAUGCUUUUGGGUUUUUCAGGAGUUUGUUUUUCUGAUGGAAUAAUGUAAUAUUUCAGAAGAGUCAAUCAGGCAAAGUGUCACUCUUCAAAUGUUGCACUUACAAAACUUGGACACGAGAAUUGUGCGUGUGUGUUAGAGACUGCAAUUGUUAGAACUUGACGUUUGUCUUAAAGCUAGCCUAAAUAACCUUUCAGUGUGUGUGUGUGUGUGUGUGUGUGUGUGUGUGUGUGAAAGAAUGAGAGAUCAAAAGGUAAUAAAGAUAAAGGACGGUGUGAAUGUGUGUGUUUAUGCGAGUUGUUUUCCAUUGUUUAGUCUAGGCAUUUUCUGUGUGAGUGGGUGCGAGUCAAAGAAACUGUUGUUUUGGAGGAAACAAAAGCAUUUAUUAGUGUUGGAAACAACCGAAUACAAUCAUCUUUACCUUCAACUGGAAUGAAUUUAAAGAACUUGGAAAAAAAGAAACUGUAAACUGAACAAACCAUAACAAAGCUUAUAAUGAUAAUCAUCAUGAUACAAAAACAUUAAGCCUUUGAUUCAUAUUUGUUACAGACACAACAACAUUUUUUUAUGAACUCAUAUGUUUGGGUAUUGAAAUGUCCUUCUGAAUUUGAUCACUGUCAGUGGAAACCGAAGGACUAAUCUAAUAAGAGUACACAAACAUCAUCUCCCCCUCACUCUGACUUCCCAUCUCCUCAUGAAAUGUAGUUUCAGGUUUCCCACUGCUGUCAUCAAAAACAAGCCAUUCUUUACCAAUCUCGCAAUCUCU